AUGCCACUGCACGGACAAAAUGUCCUUCUGACUGGAGCCUCGAUGGGAAUUGGCGAGAGGAUUGCACGAUCUCUCGCGAAAGAGGGGUCAAACUUGAUUCUACUAGCACGAUCAGAAGAUAAAUUAUUGAGCUUGAAAGACCAGUUGCUUCAACAGCAUCCUGGUAUCAAGGUUGUAUAUCGAGCAGCGGACGUAGGCAGCCACGAAGCAGUCGAUGCUGUUAUUCAAAGUGUCAUUGAAGAAAUGGGCCACAUCGACAUACUCAUCAAUAAUGCAAGUGGCGCCCGAUCCCGUCAAUGCGCGGCAACUGCCCAGUCUCCUCUCCAGAUCACUAAUGUACCUCGAAGCAACAUACAGGCCGGUCUCGCCCUCGGUGCUCCAAAUGCCUUCUAUGAUCUAAAGAUCGGUGACAUCCAAACCAUGAUCUCCACAAACAUCAACGGCCCCAUGUUCGUCACUCACUCUGUCCUGAAUCGAAGCAUGGUCAGUCGGAAUUCAGGAACAAUCCUCAACAUCACCUCUGUGACGGGACUGGAGGUCCCGCCGUUUCCCGGCGAAGCAGUUUAUCACUCUAGCAAAGCUGCUCAAGAGGCUUUCACGAACGCUCUGCGCAACGAGCUCGUGGGGACAGACAUCAAGGUUCUUGCGCUUCGACCGGGUUGCGUGGCGACCAAUUUCCAUUCUUUGCGGGUGGGACAUGAUAAGAAGAUGUACGAUGAAUUUUUUGAGGGAUACGAUCCACUGGUGGCGGAGGAUGUUGCCGGUGCGGCUGUUUAUAUGCUAAAUCAACCGCUCAAUAUCUCGAUCAAAGCUCUCGAUAUGGUUGCAUCAGCACAACGAUCCUUGACUAUUUUCGAUCGGAAAUGGAACGAGCGCCAUGGUAAUUGA